CAUGCUGGCCUACUGUUUGUUCCGUAUAUACAAGAUCAUGAUAUCUAGCUUCAGACAGUGCACAACGUAUGUGAGAUGUGUAGUAAGUGUAAUGUAAUUUGAAGUGCCCGUUACACUUUGAAUUGCACGGCAAGUUCCUGCUACAUAUUUGUUAUUUAAAGCUGGCUUGUGUAUGCAAUUUGCCGUUAGACCGUCAUGAACGAAUUGUUGUGUCGAUGUAAGGGAAUCGACGCCUGUGUAGCACCUGCAGCAUGGUCUUACCGGCGGGGUCGCCGACGGUGACUGCUGGGCAGCGGAGACAGCUGGCCGGAGACCUGACGGCAUUCCUCUCUCAGUACAAGAAUUUUUCAGUGAGGAUUUGUGGAGCAAAUUGCCCCUCAGCUGGCAGGAUGCCCUGCAUGACCUGUCCGCUCCCCAAAUCGCUGACCUGUUACUGGACAGAACCAUCACUCAGAGGCGGUACCCUUCUGUCUGGCCUCUCUCGCUGUUGGCAUUUCGGACGACGGCACACACGCUGGCCUUUCCCAGAAUGCCCCACGAUCAAACAGCACAGGAUGUAGGUUCCUUGAGGCCGAGGGAGUUUCAGCAGAACCAGAGCCAGAGUUUACUGCUGGGACACAUAUUUCGAAAGCACGUCAAGCCUAAGAAGCAGCAUGAAAUCCGACGGCUCGGAAUGUUGGUGAAAACACUCUGCGAUACAACAGACUGCAGCAGAGUAGUGGACGUGGGAUCUGGACAGGGUCAUCUGAGUCGCUUCAUGUCAUUUGGGCUUGGACUCUCUGUCACUGGCAUCGAAGCAGAUCCCGCCCUGGUUUCCAUGGCUUCAAAGUUUGAUGGACAGCUGAUGAGCACUCUGAAGAAAGAGAGCCAAAAGAAGAAUAACAGGAUAGACUGUACCCUGUCUGCCCCUGGUCCCUCACCCAAUCACAUUACUGGUUGGGUGAACCCCAAGGCCUCAUGGGAAGUAUUCAUCAGACAACUGGAGGUGGCGGAAUAUGAAAAGAAGGAAGUAAUAUUCACUCCAAAACAGCUGAAAUCAGUAUCAAAGCCCAAUCAAGACGUGGACCAUGCGAGCCGUUCUCUAUCUUCAAUUCAGUCUUGCUGUAGCUGCCAAGAAAUGAGAAAUGACGUGUUAUCCAGCGAAAACGGCGAUCUUGGCUGCCGGAGACCAGCUGCGCCCGUGCAAGCCUGUCAGAAAUCCCCAAACCUUGACCUGCCAUCUUCUCCGAAACGGCAAUGUCUGUUUGAGAAAAGUGUGAGUCAGUCGUCCAGCUCUACCAAGCCUUCAUGUGUGGAAGAGGCUUCUGGCUGUUUGGACCCUGCAGAGCGCGGCGUGGGGUCCGGCACUCGCGGGUUCAUCUUGACUGGCCUUCAUUCUUGUGGGGACCUAAGCGUCACCCUCCUUCGGCACUUUGCCAGCUGCCCCCACGUUCUGGCCAUCACCUCGGUGGCCUGCUGCUACAUGAAGCUCACCACCCUGGAAAACCCCUCCCCUCCUGGAAUCCUGGUCCCACCUGGUCUCGCCCACACUGAGGAUAUGUCAUCUUCGGAAUUUGGCUACCCAAUGAGUUCGUACGUGAAGGGGUUGCCUGAACACCAGCUGUCCUAUAAAGCUCGCGAGGGGGCAUGCCAUGCCAUAGAGGAUUAUCUGCAGAGGUUAAGGCAGGAGAACGGGCUGCUCAGGACGCACUGCUACAGAGCGGUUCUGGAGGUGGUGAUCAGGGGGGUGAGACCAGAUCUACGCAGGGCCGGCAUCCAGACCAUCAAAAAGGCCCAUCUCCUUUCCUUCUCAGAUUACGCACGUCUGGGUCUGCCACGAGUCAGCCUGCCACCUGACCUCCCGCUGGAUGACAUCAAGCUGGGUGCUCUACUGCGGCAGGAGGGCCGAGUGGUGGUGUACUUCAGCCUGGGGCUGCUGCUGGCUCCCGUCGUGGAGAGUCUGGUGCUGCUGGACAGGAUGCUGUAUUUACAGGAGAGAGGUCUUCAGAGUCAGCUGGUGCCUCUCUUUGAUCCUGCAUUCUCACCUCGAAACCUGGUGCUGGUGGCAGUGAAACCAGGAACAGGACAGCAAACUGCAGAAGCUGGUAGCGUAGCCUCGGCCCCCGCGGAGACGUGCGCUGCUGUCAGAACCUGAGAGUGUGUGGUAGAACACGACUGUAGCCUUCCUGCUUGGAGAGUCUCCCACGGACCCUGAAACACGUGUGAUCUGACAAGCAUAAUUCAAUGGGUUUUGUUUUUAUUCCCUUGUUUUUUAAAUUUAACUUCAGAAUAUGUAACUAAAUACUACAAAUAUAUAUAUAUUAAAUACAAAUAUUUUUAAAUGAAA